AUCACUAGCUUGGUUUCCUAACUUAACCUUCUAAAUUUCACGCGCGUAAAUUUAGCUGUCGAUACAAUUCGUUGAGAGGUUGAAUUUCAGUUUUCUCUUGGGUUUUUGUUCGCAUUUUUCGGGGACUGUCAAGUAGCUGUGACAAUGUGGAACGAAAGUUCUAUAAACAGUGGAGGUGGAUUUCUGGACGAGAGUACGCAGGGCGGUGGUACAAGCAGAAAAGGCUCGCAAAAUGAAAAGACCAUCGUUCCCGUAUUGAUAAAGCACAUUACAUCCAGUACGGACGACUUGCAGCUCGCUGGUCGAACCGUGAACACUCUAAAACUCGUCGGAAUCAUACGUCGUAUUGAGCAAGACACGACAAAAAUCUCGUUCACCAUUGAAGAUGACACAGGUAUUGUCUCAGCCAUGAUGUGGCUGGAAGCAGAUAAGAAUCCUGAGGAAAGUAAUAUUUGUACAGAAAUCAAUACAUAUGUACGAAUUUAUGGGGUACUACGCACACAAAGUAAUCAGCGAUUUGUAAUGAUCUUGCGUAUGCAUUCCUUGGAGAACUUGAAUGAACUGACAGCACACUUUAUGGAAGUCCUGUAUGUUACACUAAUGGCUAAGAAACCUGCAGAAGAAUCGACAUUACCCACUAAUAAUUCAUUAAUGGUUGAUAACACAAUGUGCGGCAUGUCACCUGAGCAAAUAGCAGUUCUUGAGAUUGUCAAGUCGGCAAAUGAUGCUGAGUGUGGUAUCGAGAAACGAGAUAUUUUGGCAAAAGUACCGAAACAUAUUGUAUCUCGUUUAGACGAGAUACUGGACUUCCUCCUCUGCGAAGGACAUAUUUAUACAACCAGUUCAGAGGAUUUCUUUAAAGCUACCUAAGUUACAUGUUGUCUUAAAAAGUAUUUCCUAUAAGAUUAAGAGAUUACAAUCGAUAUUUAUAUUAAAUAUGAUAAAACUUACGUGGUAUUACAUUUGUUAACUUCUAUAAGUAAAUGUUUACUAUUAUUAUUAGAAGAGUGAGCCCAUGUUCAGAAAAUAAAUGCUUAGAACAAUGUGUUGAAGCGUUAUUUGCAUCAUUCUAUCCUUAUUUUAUAUAUAACAUUGUGUGUUGUAUAUGAUAAAGAUAGAAUAAUGUAAAAGUAUACUGAAUCAUAAACUUGUUCUGAAUAUAGACAUUAAUCUUUUUCCUUAACAAAUUAAAUGAUUAUUUUGAUUUAAACAUAGUAAUGUAUUUUCAUUUUUAAAAAGCUUAAAGUAUUUUAAUAAAAAAAUGUUUAAUAAAAAAAUUUAUUAAAUCUG